CACAUUUGACGUGUAGCUAUGCUCCCGCCUGCUGAUAGGUAUAAAGAUGUGCAUUCUGACGAGUGAGAAUUUUUUCGACCUUGAACACAACUUAUGCAAACCUACACCACGUGUCUGAAAUCAUCGCAUGCAGCAGUGCAGAAACAGCAAAGUCAUCACUAUCUGCCUGGCACAACGGCUUUGACUUCUGCUGAUCUAAGUCUUCGCUGUUCUGCGUUUGGGCCUGUUCUGCGCACCAUGGAAAGUAAUUUGGUCCUCCGCGUUAUCAAGACCACCGUUGGGCUGUUUGGUAUCGUUGGUAAUGGUCUUGUCUGCGCCGUUAUCUACAAGAUUCCCUUCAUGCACACUCUGACCAAUGCCCUGAUCUUCAACCAGGCCUCGGUGGAUCUGCUGGGCUCAGUCGUGCUCCUGCUCGCCAGCAACAUACCAGUGCCGAACCGCCUGUCCAGCACACUGGCCGACUGGCUGCUCUGCCGCGUGUGGAUCGGCAACCUCUUCCUGUGGGGGGCGUUCAAUGCCUCUACCUUUAACCUGCUGUCCGUGACCAUGGAACGUUUCCUCGCCAUCGUGUUCCCACUGAGGCAUACCCAGUUCUUCAAUCGUCGUCUGGUCAUCAUUUUGACCAUCGGCUCUUGGGUUCUGGGGAUUUCAUUGCAAGGUGCAUACAUAGCCGUCGUGCAGGGUUUCAUCGACGGAAAGUGCUUCUUCGAGUCCUCCCCGCGAUCUCGUUUCAUCGGCGCGGCAUUUGUCGAGAAUAUUUUAUAA